AGUAAAACCAAGAAUCCAAACACACAUAAAAAAUGAAAGGAGGAGGUCUAACGUACGCAGCAGCGUGUCUCGCAGCCGCACUGUUAACCUGCGCCGUCAGCCUCCGCGCCGACCCCGAGCUCGAUCCGAAGAUCCUCCAGGUGACCGGUAACCGCCGCAACCACCAGCUCCUCGGCACGGCGGCGGAGGUCCAGUUCAAGAGCUUCGUCCAGGAGUUCGGGAAGGAGUACUCCACUCGCGCGGAGUACCUGCACCGCCUCGGCGUCUUCGCCGAGAACUUGAUCAGGGCGGCGGAGCACCAGGUUCUCGACCCCACCGCCAAGCACGGCGUCACGCAGUUCUCCGAUCUCUCCCCCGAGGAAUUUGAGGGCAUGUACAUGGGGGUCAGAGGCGCCUCCCCGGAGCCAUCCGAGAACGGAGUGGCCGCGGCGGAGAUUGAUGCGGAGGACUUGCCGGAGAGCUUUGAUUGGAGGGAGAGAGGUGCUGUUACUGAUGUUAAGAUGCAGGGGUCGUGUGGUUCUUGUUGGGCAUUUAGCACAACUGGAGCAAUCGAAGGAGCAAAUUUCAUUGCAAGUGGGAAGCUUUUAAAUCUUAGCGAGCAACAGUUGGUGGACUGUGAUCACGCGUGUGAUGCCAAGGAAAAGAGUGCUUGCGAUAACGGAUGCUCGGGUGGCUUAAUGACGAACGCGUACAAGUACUUGAUGGCGGCCGGAGGCAUAGAGGAAGAGUCCUCCUACCCUUACACCGCCAAACGCGGCGAAUGCAAAUUCCGACCAAACAAUGUGGCUGUCAAGGUUGCCAACUUCAGCACCAUCCCCCUGAAUGAGAAUCAGAUCGCCGCCCACUUGGUGAGCCACGGCCCCCUGGCGGUGGGGCUGAAUGCAGUGUUCAUGCAAACAUACAUCGGCGGCGUGUCGUGCCCGCUUAUCUGCGGGAAGAGAUGGGUGAACCACGGCGUGCUUCUGGUGGGGUACGGGUCGAGAGGGUACUCCAUCUUGCGCUUCGGGUACAAGCCUUAUUGGAUCAUCAAGAACUCGUGGGGGAAGCGAUGGGGGGAGCAGGGUUAUUACCGGCUCUGCCGGGGCCACGGCAUGUGCGGGAUCAACACCAUGGUUUCGGCCGUCGUCACCUCUCCUCUACCUAGCUAAUACUACAGCCUUUUGCAAAUAAUGUGAUACUAUAAAUUAUAUUUUAGGGCAUGCUUAGUUAUGAUGUAAUGGUUUGUUAUAUGGAAGAACCUCUAUACUUGGAACUUAUCCUGUCUAUUUAAUCAAACAUGAUUACUCAGAAA